CGCAGAUAUCCUUGUACGUAAAUAUUCUGAGGUUGGGUAGUGGCGCAGACGUGGCGCGAGGAGGCUGGGGCGCGUGUUAGUUCUGCCUGCGCGUUGUGUCACCCCGCACUCGGACGACCUCGUUUUCCUUCUCAAUUGCAUGGAAUUUACUGUACUCUCGCUCAACGGAACCACGCAAGCUUCACACGGAACUAUGGCAGUCAACAUCGACGAAGCUCAGGUCACGAGUGCGGUUAAGGCCCUUUUUGCCUACCAUGCAAAGAGGCUUACAGAGAAGGCCGAGUCGGCUCUUCUAGACGACGAAAAUGUUUCUCGCUUCGACCUCAUUGUGACCACGAAAGCAAUGCCUAGCAAACGUCGCGAUGUCCCACUAAGAAUUCUACUGCCAAAUGGCCUCUACAAGGAUGCCGAGGUGUGCUUGAUCACAAAGGAUCCUCAGGGGGAUUUCAAAAAGUUGCUCUUGGAAAAGAACGUCCAGGGAAUUUCGAAGGUACUGGGCUUUAGCAAGCUGCGGUCAAAGUUCAAGCCCUACGAAGCAAAACGACAACUCGCGUCCUCGUACUCUUUGUUCUUGGCGGACGAGCGGAUUUUGCCGUUGCUGCCACAAGCACUUGGCAAGACUUUCUUCGCAAAGAAACAGAUUCCUGCCCCAGUGAACAUGACCAAAGUUGACCUCGCACGGGAGAUUCAAAAGGCCUUGCAAAGCACAUACUUGAGGAGAAACAACGGCGUUACAAACACCAUUCGCGUCGCAACUACGGAUUUCACGCCAGAACAAGUCAUCCAAAACAUUAUGGCCGCCAUUCCUUCCGCUAUCGAGAAGCUCCCUAAGAAGUGGGCCAACAUUCACUCGAUACACAUCAAAACGUCGAACUCGAUGGCUUUGCCAUUAUAUCAAACAUUGCCGGAUGCACCGGAAGGAUACGUGGAGGCAGUGGAGACGGGAGCAUCGGAGGAGGAUGCGAUGGAGGUGACCGAGACGAUCGAGACCUCUAAAGUUGUGACAAAAACGCCCACGAAGGGUGCGAAGGGGAAGGAGGGUACGGCCGUUGCGGUUUCGGUCGAGAGGAAGACAUUAAGUGUGAGAAAGGAGCGCGUUGUGGCCACCCCACCGGCCGCCACCCCAUCAAAGGCAAAGGCGCUGCUGGCUGCUGGGAAGACCCCAAAGUCUGCUGCGAAGACGAAGGCUACCCCGAAGAAGGGAAAGUCUCCAGCCAAGUGAAACCACACUGAGGCGUACAAUGUAGAACUCCUUCAUGUAGAGGAGCCCCUUCUAUUGAGGGCAUCAUUAGGGUAGCGUCUGCAUGAAAAUGCUAGCUUGC